AUGGAUCACCUCUGCCUACUGACACUUCUGGAAACUUUGUCACAGAUGAAGGGGACCAUCAUCGAAAAAGACGAGGAAGGCCGUCCUCUUGGACCUGACGGGCAAGUUCUGCCAACGGAUGACGCAGGAAACUUUAUCUACCCUGCGGUUGGACCUGAUGGAAGUCCGCUUCCAACUGAUGAGCAUAAGCGACCCAUUCACCCAAUUCUUGGACCUGACGGGUCUCCUCUUCCAACUGACGAUUCGGGUCACCCUCUUGGAGCAGACGGUAAACCCAUACCGACUGAUCGCAGUGGUGUUCCAUUGGACAAAGAUGGGGAACCAUUGCCUACUGACAGCAGUGGGCAUUAUGUCACUGUUCCACGAGAAGAGGCCGUAAGCAAAGAACUGCCUACGGACGAAAGCGGAAACGUUAUCCAUCCAGUGACAAAGCCCGAUGGAUCACCUCUGCCUACUGACACUUCUGGAAACUUUGUCACAGAUGAAGGGACCAUCAUCGAAAAAGACGAGGAAGGCCGUCCUCUUGGACCUGACGGGCAAGUUCUGCCAACGGAUGACGCAGGAAACUUUAUCUACCCUGCGGUUGGACCUGAUGGAAGUCCGCUUCCAACUGAUGAGCAUAAGCGACCCAUUCACCCAAUUCUUGGACCUGACGGGUCUCCUCUUCCAACUGACGAUUCGGGUCACCCUCUUGGAGCAGACGGUAAACCCAUACCGACUGAUCGCAGUGGUGUUCCAUUGGACAAAGAUGGGGAACCAUUGCCUACUGACAGCAGUGGGCAUUAUGUCACUGUUCCACGAGAAGAGGCCGUAAGCAAAGAACUGCCUACGGACGAAAGCGGAAACGUUAUCCAUCCAGUGACAAAGCCCGAUGGAUCACCUCUGCCUACUGACACUUCUGGAAACUUUGUCACAGAUGAAGGGACCAUCAUCGAAAAAGACGAGGAAGGCCGUCCUCUUGGACCUGACGGGCAAGUUCUGCCAACGGAUGACGCAGGAAACUUUAUCUACCCUGCGGUUGGACCUGAUGGAAGUCCGCUUCCAACUGAUGAGCAUAAGCGACCCAUUCACCCAAUUCUUGGACCUGACGGGUCUCCUCUUCCAACUGACGAUUCGGGUCACCCUCUUGGAGCAGACGGUAAACCCAUACCGACUGAUCGCAGUGGUGUUCCAUUGGACAAAGAUGGGGAACCAUUGCCUACUGACAGCAGUGGGCAUUAUGUCACUGUUCCACGAGAAGAGGCCGUAAGCAAAGAACUGCCUACGGACGAAAGCGGAAACGUUAUCCAUCCAGUGACAAAGCCCGAUGGAUCACCUCUGCCUACUGACACUUCUGGAAACUUUGUCACAGAUGAAGGGACCAUCAUCGAAAAAGACGAGGAAGGCCGUCCUCUUGGACCUGACGGGCAAGUUCUGCCAACGGAUGACGCAGGAAACUUUAUCUACCCUGCGGUUGGACCUGAUGGAAGUCCGCUUCCAACUGAUGAGCAUAAGCGACCCAUUCACCCAAUUCUUGGACCUGACGGGUCUCCUCUUCCAACUGACGAUUCGGGUCACCCUCUUGGAGCAGACGGUAAACCCAUACCGACUGAUCGCAGUGGUGUUCCAUUGGACAAAGAUGGGGAACCAUUGCCUACUGACAGCAGUGGGCAUUAUGUCACUGUUCCACGAGAAGAGGCCGUAAGCAAAGAACUGCCUACGGACGAAAGCGGAAACGUUAUCCAUCCAGUGACAAAGCCCGAUGGAUCACCUCUGCCUACUGACACUUCUGGAAACUUUGUCACAGAUGAAGGGACCAUCAUCGAAAAAGACGAGGAAGGCCGUCCUCUUGGACCUGACGGGCAAGUUCUGCCAACGGAUGACGCAGGAAACUUUAUCUACCCUGCGGUUGGACCUGAUGGAAGUCCGCUUCCAACUGAUGAGCAUAAGCGACCCAUUCACCCAAUUCUUGGACCUGACGGGUCUCCUCUUCCAACUGACGAUUCGGGUCACCCUCUUGGAGCAGACGGUAAACCCAUACCGACUGAUCGCAGUGGUGUUCCAUUGGACAAAGAUGGGGAACCAUUGCCUACUGACAGCAGUGGGCAUUAUGUCACUGUUCCACGAGAAGAGGCCGUAAGCAAAGAACUGCCUACGGACGAAAGCGGAAACGUUAUCCAUCCAGUGACAAAGCCCGAUGGAUCACCUCUGCCUACUGACACUUCUGGAAACUUUGUCACAGAUGAAGGGACCAUCAUCGAAAAAGACGAGGAAGGCCGUCCUCUUGGACCUGACGGGCAAGUUCUGCCAACGGAUGACGCAGGAAACUUUAUCUACCCUGCGGUUGGACCUGAUGGAAGUCCGCUUCCAACUGAUGAGCAUAAGCGACCCAUUCACCCAAUUCUUGGACCUGACGGGUCUCCUCUUCCAACUGACGAUUCGGGUCACCCUCUUGGAGCAGACGGUAAACCCAUACCGACUGAUCGCAGUGGUGUUCCAUUGGACAAAGAUGGGGAACCAUUGCCUACUGACAGCAGUGGGCAUUAUGUCACUGUUCCACGAGAAGGCCUGACAAAGCCCGAUGGAUCACCUCUGCCUACUGACACUUCUGGAAACUUUGUCACAGAUGAAGGGACCAUCAUCGAAAAAGACGAGGAAGGCCGUCCUCUUGGACCUGACGGGCAAGUUCUGCCAACGGAUGACGCAGGAAACUUUAUCUACCCUGCGGUUGGACCUGAUGGAAGUCCGCUUCCAACUGAUGAGCAUAAGCGACCCAUUCACCCAAUUCUUGGACCUGACGGGUCUCCUCUUCCAACUGACGAUUCGGGUCACCCUCUUGGAGCAGACGGUAAACCCAUACCGACUGAUCGCAGUGGUGUUCCAUUGGACAAAGAUGGGGAACCAUUGCCUACUGACAGCAGUGGGCAUUAUGUCACUGUUCCACGAGAAGAGGCCGUAAGCAAAGAACUGCCUACGGACGAAAGCGGAAACGUUAUCCAUCCAGUGACAAAGCCCGAUGGAUCACCUCUGCCUACUGACACUUCUGGAAACUUUGUCACAGAUGAAGGGACCAUCAUCGAAAAAGACGAGGAAGGCCGUCCUCUUGGACCUGACGGGCAAGUUCUGCCAACGGAUGACGCAGGAAACUUUAUCUACCCUGCGGUUGGACCUGAUGGAAGUCCGCUUCCAACUGAUGAGCAUAAGCGACCCAUUCACCCAAUUCUUGGACCUGACGGGUCUCCUCUUCCAACUGACGAUUCGGGUCACCCUCUUGGAGCAGACGUGACAAAGCCCGAUGGAUCACCUCUGCCUACUGACACUUCUGGAAACUUUGUCACAGAUGAAGGGACCAUCAUCGAAAAAGACGAGGAAGGCCGUCCUCUUGGACCUGACGGGCAAGUUCUGCCAACGGAUGACGCAGGAAACUUUAUCUACCCUGCGGUUGGACCUGAUGGAAGUCCGCUUCCAACUGAUGAGCAUAAGCGACCCAUUCACCCAAUUCUUGGACCUGACGGGUCUCCUCUUCCAACUGACGAUUCGGGUCACCCUCUUGGAGCAGACGGUAAACCCAUACCGACUGAUCGCAGUGGUGUUCCAUUGGACAAAGAUGGGGAACCAUUGCCUACUGACAGCAGUGGGCAUUAUGUCACUGUUCCACGAGAAGAGGCCGUAAGCAAAGAACUGCCUACGGACGAAAGCGGAAACGUUAUCCAUCCAGUGACAAAGCCCGAUGGAUCACCUCUGCCUACUGACACUUCUGGAAACUUUGUCACAGAUGAAGGGACCAUCAUCGAAAAAGACGAGGAAGGCCGUCCUCUUGGACCUGACGGGCAAGUUCUGCCAACGGAUGACGCAGGAAACUUUAUCUACCCUGCGGUUGGACCUGAUGGAAGUCCGCUUCCAACUGAUGAGCAUAAGCGACCCAUUCACCCAAUUCUUGGACCUGACGGGUCUCCUCUUCCAACUGACGAUUCGGGUCACCCUCUUGGAGCAGACGGUAAACCCAUACCGACUGAUCGCAGUGGUGUUCCAUUGGACAAAGAUGGGGAACCAUUGCCUACUGACAGCAGUGGGCAUUAUGUCACUGUUCCACGAGAAGAGGCCGUAAGCAAAGAACUGCCUACGGACGAAAGCGGAAACGUUAUCCAUCCAGUGACAAAGCCCGAUGGAUCACCUCUGCCUACUGACACUUCUGGAAACUUUGUCACAGAUGAAGGGACCAUCAUCGAAAAAGACGAGGAAGGCCGUCCUCUUGGACCUGACGGGCAAGUUCUGCCAACGGAUGACGCAGGAAACUUUAUCUACCCUGCGGUUGGACCUGAUGGAAGUCCGCUUCCAACUGAUGAGCAUAAGCGACCCAUUCACCCAAUUCUUGGACCUGACGGGUCUCCUCUUCCAACUGACGAUUCGGGUCACCCUCUUGGAGCAGACGGUAAACCCAUACCGACUGAUCGCAGUGGUGUUCCAUUGGACAAAGAUGGGGAACCAUUGCCUACUGACAGCAGUGGGCAUUAUGUCACUGUUCCACGAGAAGAGGCCGUAAGCAAAGAACUGCCUACGGACGAAAGCGGAAACGUUAUCCAUCCAGUGACAAAGCCCGAUGGAUCACCUCUGCCUACUGACACUUCUGGAAACUUUGUCACAGAUGAAGGGACCAUCAUCGAAAAAGACGAGGAAGGCCGUCCUCUUGGACCUGACGGGCAAGUUCUGCCAACGGAUGACGCAGGAAACUUUAUCUACCCUGCGGUUGGACCUGAUGGAAGUCCGCUUCCAACUGAUGAGCAUAAGCGACCCAUUCACCCAAUUCUUGGACCUGACGGGUCUCCUCUUCCAACUGACGAUUCGGGUCACCCUCUUGGAGCAGACGGUAAACCCAUACCGACUGAUCGCAGUGGUGUUCCAUUGGACAAAGAUGGGGAACCAUUGCCUACUGACAGCAGUGGGCAUUAUGUCACUGUUCCACGAGAAGAGGCCGUAAGCAAAGAACUGCCUACGGACGAAAGCGGAAACGUUAUCCAUCCAGUGACAAAGCCCGAUGGAUCACCUCUGCCUACUGACACUUCUGGAAACUUUGUCACAGAUGAAGGGACCAUCAUCGAAAAAGACGAGGAAGGCCGUCCUCUUGGACCUGACGGGCAAGUUCUGCCAACGGAUGACGCAGGAAACUUUAUCUACCCUGCGGUUGGACCUGAUGGAAGUCCGCUUCCAACUGAUGAGCAUAAGCGACCCAUUCACCCAAUUCUUGGACCUGACGGGUCUCCUCUUCCAACUGACGAUUCGGGUCACCCUCUUGGAGCAGACGGUAAACCCAUACCGACUGAUCGCAGUGGUGUUCCAUUGGACAAAGAUGGGGAACCAUUGCCUACUGACAGCAGUGGGCAUUAUGUCACUGUUCCACGAGAAGAGGCCGUAAGCAAAGAACUGCCUACGGACGAAAGCGGAAACGUUAUCCAUCCAGUGACAAAGCCCGAUGGAUCACCUCUGCCUACUGACACUUCUGGAAACUUUGUCACAGAUGAAGGGACCAUCAUCGAAAAAGACGAGGAAGGCCGUCCUCUUGGACCUGACGGGCAAGUUCUGCCAACGGAUGACGCAGGAAACUUUAUCUACCCUGCGGUUGGACCUGAUGGAAGUCCGCUUCCAACUGAUGAGCAUAAGCGACCCAUUCACCCAAUUCUUGGACCUGACGGGUCUCCUCUUCCAACUGACGAUUCGGGUCACCCUCUUGGAGCAGACGGUAAACCCAUACCGACUGAUCGCAGUGGUGUUCCAUUGGACAAAGAUGGGGAACCAUUGCCUACUGACAGCAGUGGGCAUUAUGUCACUGUUCCACGAGAAGAGGCCGUAAGCAAAGAACUGCCUACGGACGAAAGCGGAAACGUUAUCCAUCCAGUGACAAAGCCCGAUGGAUCACCUCUGCCUACUGACACUUCUGGAAACUUUGUCACAGAUGAAGGGACCAUCAUCGAAAAAGACGAGGAAGGCCGUCCUCUUGGACCUGACGGGCAAGUUCUGCCAACGGAUGACGCAGGAAACUUUAUCUACCCUGCGGUUGGACCUGAUGGAAGUCCGCUUCCAACUGAUGAGCAUAAGCGACCCAUUCACCCAAUUCUUGGACCUGACGGGUCUCCUCUUCCAACUGACGAUUCGGGUCACCCUCUUGGAGCAGACGGUAAACCCAUACCGACUGAUCGCAGUGGUGUUCCAUUGGACAAAGAUGGGGAACCAUUGCCUACUGACAGCAGUGGGCAUUAUGUCACUGUUCCACGAGAAGAGGCCGUAAGCAAAGAACUGCCUACGGACGAAAGCGGAAACGUUAUCCAUCCAGUGACAAAGCCCGAUGGAUCACCUCUGCCUACUGACACUUCUGGAAACUUUGUCACAGAUGAAGGGACCAUCAUCGAAAAAGACGAGGAAGGCCGUCCUCUUGGACCUGACGGGCAAGUUCUGCCAACGGAUGACGCAGGAAACUUUAUCUACCCUGCGGUUGGACCUGAUGGAAGUCCGCUUCCAACUGAUGAGCAUAAGCGACCCAUUCAGACCCCCCCCCCCCCGACCCAUUCACCCAAUUCUUGGACCUGA